CCGAGAGCUGGCAGUCGUGGGGAUGAGCUCUGGGCAGGACGGCGGGCCGAGGAGCCCGGGGAGGUACCCGGAGCUCCAGGUUACCACCAAAGAACAUGAUUUUGGUCUAGGGGCUCCAGUUUCUGAAGCUGAAAACUGCCAGAAUACUCUCCAGCUAGAACGAGAAGUGAGAAACCAAGAUAGAUUCAUCUCGACACUGAAAUUACAGAUUGAAGAUCUCAAACAGACAAAUCAUGGCUUGGAAGAAUAUGUGAGGAAACUCUUGGAUAGUAAGGAGGUGGUAAGCAGUCAAGUAGAUGAUUUAACCAGCCACAAUGAGCAUCUUUGUAAAGAAUUGAUUAAAAUUGACCAACUAGCAGAGCAACUAGAAAAAGAGAAAAAUUUUGUGGUGGAUUCCGCCAACAAGGAACUUGAAGAAGCCAAGAUUGAACUCAUUUGCCAGCAAAAGAAUAUUAUAGUAUUGGAAGAUACAAUAAAAAGGCUUAAAUCUAUAAUUUUAGAUACUGAAAAAGCACAAAAUAAAUCUCCUUCUAGACUUGAUUCCUUUGUCAAGACUUUGGAAGCAGACAAAGAUUACUAUAAGCGUGAAGCUCAACAUUUGAGAAAGAUGAUGAGAAGUAGGUCUAAAAGUCCAAGACGCCCAUCACCAACUGCCCGGGGUGCAAACUGUGAUGCAGAACUUUUGAAGACAACAACAAGAGAUUGUGAAGAACUUAAAUGCAUGAUGGAAAAAUAUGAGCGCCAUUUGGCAGAUAUUCACGGUAAUAUGAAGGUUCUUACAUCAGAGAGAGACAAGGCCUUCCUUAAACUUCAUGAACAGGCACAGGAAGAAAUUGCCCGACUUCGACGAGAAGUAAUGAAAAGCUGUAAGAGUCCUAAAUCAACAACGGCACAUGCUAUUCUCCAGCAAGUGGAGACUGAAAGAGAUGUAGUUGAUUUACGAAGAAUGACCAUAGAACGAGAUAGUCUAAGGGAGAGGCUAAAGAUUGCUCAAGAGACAGCAUUUAAUGAGAAGGCUCACCUGGAACAAAGGAUAGAGGAGCUGGAGUGUGCAGUUCAUAAUCUUGAUGAUGAACGUAUGGAGCAAAUGUCAAAUAUGACUUUGAUGAAGGAAACCAUAAGCACUGUGGAAAAAGAAAUGAAAUCACUAGCAAGAAAGGCAAUGGAUACCGAAAGUGAACUUGGCAGACAAAAAGCAGAGAAUAAUUAUUUGAGACUUUUGUAUGAAAACACAGAAAAAGAUCUUUCUGAUACUCAGCGACACCUUGCUAAGAAAAAAUAUGAGCUACAGCUUACUCAGGAGAAAAUUAUGUGCUUGGUUGAAAAAAUUGAUAAUUUUACAAGGCAAAAUAUUGCACAGCGAGAAGAAAUCAGCAUUCUUGGUGGAACCCUCAAUGAUCUGGCUAAAGAAAAGGAAUGCCUGCAAGCGUGUUUGGAUAAAAAAUCUGAGAAUAUUGCAUCCCUUGGACAGAGUUUGGCAAUGAAAGAAAAGACCAUUUCAAGCAUGAAGAAUAUCAUUGCUGAUACGGAACAGGCAUCAAGACAGUCUGCCGAGGCCCUAAUUAUGUGUGAAGAAGACAUUUCCAGAAUAUGUCGGCAAUUGGAUGAGACAAAUGAUGAGCUGGCCCAGAUCACCAGGGAAAGAGAUAUCUUGGCUCAUGACAAGGACAAUCUCCAAGAACAGUUUGCUAAAGCUAAACAAGAAAACCAGGCACUGUCCAAAAAAUUGAAUGACACUCAUAAUGAACUUAAUGACAUAAAACAGAAGGUUCAAGAUACUAAUUUGGAGGUUAACAAGCUGAAGAAUAUAUUAAAGUCUGAAGAAUCUGAGAACCGGCAAAUGAUGGAACAACUUCGAAAAGCCAAUGAAGAUGCUGAAAACUGGGAAAAUAAAGCCCAUCAAUCAGAGGCAGAUAACAAUACCCUCAAACUGGAACUUAUCACUGCCGAGGCAGAGGGUAACAGAUUAAAAGAAAAAGUAGAUUCCCUCAACAGAGAGGUUGAGCAACACUUAAAUGCAGAAAGGUCUUACAAGUCCCAGAUUUCUACCUUACAUAAAUCUGUUGUAAAAAUGGAAGAGGAGCUUCAGAAGGUUCAGUCUGAAAAAGUGUCCGCUCUUGCAGAUUUGUCUUCUACUAGGGAACUCUGUAUUAAACUUGACUCAAGCAAAGAACUUCUUAAUCGACAGCUGGUUGCUAAAGAUCAAGACAUAGAAAUGAUGGAGAAUGAGUUACAUUCUGCUCUUUCUGAAAUUGAACUCCUGAGGAGUCAGAUGACAAAUGAGAGAAUCUCCAUGCAUAAUCUAGAAGCUUUGCUGGUGGCCAGUCGAGACAAAGAAUGUCAGUCUCAGAUAGCACUUCAAGAAAAAGAAUCUGAAAUUCAGCUUCUUAAAGAACACCUUUGUUUGGCAGAAGAUAAAAUGGAGAGGGCCGUACGAGAACUUCGCUGCCAAAAUUAUUCAAGUAAUGCUUAUCAUAUGAGUUCUACAAUGAAGCCAAAUACAAAAUGUCAUUCACCAGAACGUGCUCACCAUCGAUCUCCUGACCGAGGCCUUGAUCAAUCAUUAGAAGAGAAUCUUUGCUACAGAGAUUUCUGACACCUGAAAUGAUUCUUCACAUCCCUGAGAAAGAUCAAAGUUACAAACUGAUUUUUUUUUUUUGCUACAUGAGUGCAUUUAUCUUUUAAAUGCUUGGCAAUGUUAAAUAUGUUUAUUAACUUUGUGUCUCUGAAUCUCUGUUCUAAUGUGCCAUGUUGCAGUGAUCUGAGAUGACUUAUAAAAACAAAAAUGCAUAUGGCUCUUUCUAUCCAUGCAGUGAUAGUGAAUGUAAAAUCUGCUUACUUCACUAUUGAACACUGUUAUGUUCACUAUCCGGAGUAAAUAAAGAAGCUUAUUAAAACAGG